AUGUCCACCUCUCGGCUCAACGAAGCCCUCUCCCUGCUGGUCCAGUCUCCGCCCGGCCAAACCUCGCAAGUCUACCACGACCUGCGCGGCAUCAUCCUCGACGCCGAAUCCAACUCCACCGACAAGAUCGAUGACGCCCUCCUCCAGUCUGCCGCAGCCACCGCGCUGGAGGAGUACAACACGCAACAGCUGAUCACAGCCACCCUUCCCGCGCCGGACGACAAGACGCCCGUGAUCAUCUGCCAAGCCGGUCAGGUGGCCAGUGGCACCGAGAGCGGCGUGAAGAGGUAUCUGCAUCCUAAGAUGGGCAAGACCUUCCUGUUCGAUCACGUGAAGCGUACGGUGAGCGAUGUCAAGGAUGUCUCGAGUGGGACGGAUGGGGAGGCGGAAAAGACGAGGACAGCGCUGGAAAGGGCCCUGGAGGAGUAUGUGAAGGAUCGCUAUCCGGAUGGUGUCAGCAGUGUGUUCGCCAUGUCGAGCGUGCCGGUGGAGGACGAGCAGGAGAUGAAGGACGAAAUCCAGAAAGCCGCAGUGGAAGAUGCCAAGACGCCUGCGGAGAACACUGCUGCUGUCGGCGCCGAGCACGGCGAAUCAAAGGACGAAACCGAAGCGACGAAGGACAACGACGAGGAGAUGAAAGAUGACCCAGUAGAAGCCGUCAAGGCUGUCGAAGCGGUCGAAUCCUCCACCUCCGUAUCUCAGACUCAAACCCCGGCAAAGACGACUUUCACCCUGCAUCACGUGGGCAAUCGCUUCAACCUGUCCAACUUCUGGUCCGGCCGUUGGCGCGCCUCGUACCACCUCGACCCCACCUCCUCGCCCGUCACAUUGACCAGCACGCUCUCGGUGCAGGUGCACUACUUCGAGAACGGCAAUGUUCAGCUCAACGCUGCCAAGCCACGUACGUUCCACCUGUCCACCGACGGUGGGGAUGCGGAGAAGCUGGCGAAGGAGGUGGUGAGCGUCAUCAGCGCACACGAGGACGCAUGGCAGAAGGGAUUGGAGACGAGCUACGACGAACUGGCAGAGAGGGCUUUCAAGGCGCUCAGAAGGCAGCUGCCGUUGACGAGGCAGAAGGUGGACUGGGAUAAGGUGCUCAACUACAAGCUCGGGGACGAGCUGGCUCGUGGCUGA